GUAACGUUCUGACUGACUGGUCUAACCUUGACCAUAGAUAGGAUUUGUAGUGAUGCAAUGAAGAUUUAUUUAAAUAUUAUAUAAAUUACCCACCAGUCUACAAUUUAAUAAUUAGAAUCAUGGCAAACUCACGGCCUGCUUUCAACUAUAAUGAUGAAUCUCAGUCGGAUAAAUUGGCCAGGAAGUCUAAGGAUUCUCCUUUCAUGAUUAUAGGUAUCUUAGGACUGAUUGGCGUUUGUGGCGUGGGGGCAUAUAAAUUCAAAACACGAGGUAAAAUGAGUACUAGUGUAUUUCUCAUGCAGUUGCGAGUAGCCGCUCAGGGGACUGUGGUAUCUUGUCUGACCAUAGGUGUGGCAUACACAUUAGCCAAGCAACAUCUAUUUAAGGAUACUAAAAAAGAUGAGUAAAUUUAAACAAACAUUGAUAAGCUUUACUUGUUAGUUUAGGCUGUGGAACUUGAUGGCUAUUCUUAAAAUCAGUUCUGUAAAGUAAAUGCUAGGGAUAUAUUUUUCAUCCACUUAUUGUGAGACAGCAUAAUCACUGAUUAUUAAUCAGCUUCAAGAUCUACAUUACAAAGAAUGGCAUCUAAGGUUCAGUUGUUAAAAUUAGUUGUUUUUCUAGUUUGUACCUAACCCUGUAGUCUGCUAUGCUAUCUUUAAAUUAGUACACCUGUGUUGUAGAUCUGAAUGAAAAAGUUCUGUAAUAAUUAGCUAGUAAUUAAGCCGUCAUUGUUUUUGUUAUAUUGUACUUAUGUGCCAAUUGAGCCAUAAUUAUUAACUGUGUAUAAAAUUUCAUUUGAAACCAUGUCCGACGAUGAAAAGGGUAUUUGACUACACUACAGGAAUCGGUUUCUUUUUGCCAACUGUCAAAACCAUCCGCCACUAAAAUUGUCUAAAAAUAACUAUGUUUCUCUAUUUAUAUUCUGGUGCUUUAUUACAUGCAUGUGUAACAAUUUAUUAGUCAACAUAGCGAUUGAAUCAACAUCCUUAAUACUUAUAGGUAUACAAGUGAGAUGUGACAUGUGUUUCAAAUUUCCUAGAUAAUGUUCAAGAAAUAUUUUAGAAUGUUAUUUAUUAUAUGAUGAUCAUCAUUCUCAUCACAUAUUUGAAAAUAGUAAUAUCUUUUAGAAAUUGGAACCAACUGAAUACAUUUGACCAGGAAAUUCAAUAGUUUUGACUAUAUACAAAAACAGGCAGGUAGUUUGGAGUGUGAUAGUGUGUUUAGACAUUAUGAAGUUUUCUUGAUCUGCAACUAAGGCAUGCUCCCGGUACCAAUUUGGUAUGACUGGAACUGAUUUUCCUGAUUCUUUCAUAUAAAAUCAGUAAUGGGGGCAUACCGUAGCCGCUUUUACUGACGAGAUUACCAUGUAGGAAGGAAGAUUCUUUUCCAUGACCAGGUCAGAUCAUUACCCACACAGGCUAGGAGAUGACUGAAUCUCAUAUCUUUUUUAUUAGUUCCAGCAAAAUUACAAACAUUUAUGAACUUCGUUUUGUACUAAGUAAAUAUUGUUAUAUGGAAUAUAUGGGGUUCAGACUUUCUGUAGUCUGUGUUUUAUUAUGGUAAACUUAAAUACCUAACAUAAACAAUGUUGUUAUUGUGUAGAUUAACUGUGAUGAUCUAGAUUAAAGAUACUUAAUUAGUGAUCUGUUUUUAGAUUAAGAAUAGCAACUUAAUUUAAAAAUAGGUCUAUGUGAUUAAAUACUAGUCCUUUAGAUAUAAGCGAAAUGUCAAUCACUCAUUUCUUCUAAGUGACUAUUUAAUUUAUUGGACCAUAAAAUAUAAAUUCAUCUUUGUAAACAUACCUACAUACUGGGUUCUGGAAUUAAAAAGGAGCUAAUGUAAUGCUGCUAACUUUCUUUCUUGUGAGGUCACAUCUAUACGCAUACGCACUUGCGGUUGCAACAGCGGUGGCGUGCCGCCUCGCAACUUCGUGUUUAGUAUGCAACAUUCGCCUACACCAGGGAUGUUGCAAACAUCCGCAACCGCGGAACAUCCGCAUCCGCAUAAAAUGGAUGCGGAGCUUAUGUGGAUGCGUAUGUGGGCCAACUCGGUACAGGAACGUCUUAGCGGCGGCGUAAGUGCUAGGUAAUUUCGUCAUUACCUAUAACGAAAUCGUCUAGAUCCAGAAAAGUCGGCAAAUUACUGUUUAUUAAAUAUAACGCACCUAUAUCCUUGCUCAAAUACUUAACAUUUCGUUUUCUUUAUAUAAAAAAAUACUAAAAAUGUAAUAUUUGACGUUUUCUAAGUACCUAAUUUAUAAAUUUAUAAAUCUUGACAUCCGCAUCCGCGGAUGUGAGCCUUUAAAUAUCCGCAUGCGCAGAUGUCUAAAAAUCUGAAUCCGCAACAUCCCUGGCCUACACUACACGUACAAAGCGGCGCGCCGCUGCGGAAACGACCGCCAGAUUUUGCUCCUAAGGUUGACUUCUAAAGCCUCUUCUUAUUUAUUUAUCCUCUUAAGAGUCUUAGGUAAAGACUCUUUUGAUCUAAAACGGGGCGGCGAGUGGCAAAUCAAACCUAUCCGUAUAUCGUGCUCGACUAACUGUAUGAACGGCCUUGUUUUGCCGCUUGCUGUCGCGUGCGCCAGCCCGUGGGCUACGCAUAGACAUAGUAUUUUAGUAUUUAUUGAACAAGCCAGUGAAAUCGCUUCCAAAAAACGUGCUGACCGAAACAAAAGAAAGAAAGAAGUCCUUUGAUUAUGAAGUCUGUAAAAGACAACACAUUUUGAACCAGUAACGUUUACAUGUCACCCUUAAUUUAUAAACGAACAAAUAAAGAUUUGAUGAUUGAAACUAA